AUGGCCAAAAGUAAUUACGAGUAUGUACGUCAGUUUGAGACAUUGGAUCCGUGCCUCCCGCAUGCCUGGAUUGUUGUACGUGUGGACGGUCAGGCGUUUCAUGUGUUCACUGAGAAGCACGGGUUUCGGAAACCGAAUGACGAACGCGGCCUCGGAUUGUCGUGUCGUGCAGCCGAACGUGUGAUGCAACGUCAUACCCAUAUUGUUCUGGCCUACGGUCAAUCCGAUGAGUACAGCUUUGUUUUUCGUCGGUCCACCGAUGCGUUUAACCGACGAGCCAGCAAACUUUCAAGCACUGUGGUAUCCCUAUUCGCUUCCUCGUACGUUUUUGAGUGGCCCAACUAUUUCCCUGUGACACAAUUGCUCUAUCCGCCGGCAUUCGAUUCCCGGGUCAUUGUGUAUCCGACUAAUAGCACUCUUCGAGAUUAUCUCAGUUGGCGUCAGGUGGAUUGCAAUUUCAUUUUUCGUCCCAGUCAUAUUGCUGUUUCUUAUGCGGAAAUUCUCUGA